AUGGGCGGCGGCGGCGGCGGCGGUGGCGGUGACGUGGUGUGCAACAUUUUUACAUUUACCUUGUCUCUGAUGAUGAUAAUUUUCUUGUCUUCCAUUUCUUUAUCUUAUGCAUACGACCCAUUAGAUCCUUAUGGCACUGUAACUAUCACUUGGGAUUUCCUCACGCAGAGCGACACAGAUACGUAUGACAUAAAAGUAUCGAUAUUCAACCUGCAACAAUACAGGCAUGUCGAACUCCCAGGAUGGAGACUCAAAUGGACGUGGAACAAAUCAGAAGUGAUUUGGGACAUGCGUGGUGCUGAGGCAGUUGAACAAGGAGACUGCUCAGCGUUUAAGGGUUCCGGCGCUGGAGAUCUUCCUCAUUGCUGCCUGAAGCGGCCCGUCAUCACUGAUCUGCUUCCUGGAACUCCUUACAACAUGCAGUACAAGAACUGCUGCAAGGGAGGUGUUUUGUCAUCCAUGAACCAAGACCCUUCCAAGUAUCUCUCCUCCUUUGGGAUGAGCAUCGGCAACUUCCAUGCUAACCCCGCAGGAUCAAACAAAUCUUUUGAUAAGCUUAACCUUACAAUGCCUACCGAUUUUAGUCUUGGGAUUCCUGGUUACACCUGUGGAGACGCAUUUCGUGUCCCCCCAACAAGGUAUUCUGAUGAGAAAGGACAAGGACGCCGUUGGAAACAAACCCUUGAGACAUGGAACAUCACAUGCACCUACUCUCAGUUCCAGGCUUCUCGCGCUCCCAAGUGCUGCGUGUCCUUGUCUGCCUUCUACAACACCACCAUUGUUGGUUGCCCUCGUUGCAGUUGCGGAUGCCAAAGACUAGGAGGAGCCAAAUGUAUCGAGUCUGGUGACAAGCCUCCUCCUAGUGUGUUGAAACUUCCAACAGAGCAACAAGCAGCCAUAUCGCCUCCUCUGGUAACAUGUUCACAGCACAUGUGCCCCAUCAGAGUUCACUGGCAUGUCAAGCAGAGUUAUAAGGAGUAUUGGAGGGUGAAGAUCACAAUCACCAAUCUCAAUUUUCUCAAAAACUAUUCUGAUUGGAACUUAGUUGUUCAGCACCCAAACUUAAAAAGCGUCAGGCAGCUUUUCAGCUUCAAUUACCAUCCCCUAACUACUUACGGAAACAUCAAUGACACGGGCAUGUUUUGGGGCAUCAAAUUCUAUAACGAUAUGAUUCUAACGUCGGGAAACCAAGGGAACGCACAAUCAGAAAUGUUGCUGCACAAGGAUGAAGGAAUUUUUACAUUCAGAGAAGGAUGGGCUUUCCCAAGAAGAAUUUCCUUCAAUGGGGAUGACUGUGUCAUGCCCCCUCCAGAUGACUACCCCACACUUCCCAAUAUUGCAGCAACCCUCAAGCCUUACAUGCUAUUAGUCUCCUUCAUGUUCCUAGCAGUAGCAUCACUGGCUCUUUUCUGAUUUUGAUCGGUGGCCGGAAUAGAUUAAAUGGUGUUCUACUUCUGUUGUGCACCUGGCUAGUAAUAAGAGAAUCAAUGCAACAUUCCAUUUAGUUUAGAG